AUUAUCGACCAAGAACUCGGAGUUUGAAGCUACACCACACUUCCUGUAUCAUCAAGUUUAUCUUUUUGCCUUAAAAAUUAACAGAAAACUCGCAAAUAAUCCAUCUGCCUUUUUUCAGUGGCUCAGGUGCUGCCGUUGUGUGCUUGUCCUGCCACGUAACAUAAUAUACCCCGAUUUAUUGACUGACACUAUACUCACACCCUACUUCUCCCGCUUGUGGGUUAGACUAACACUUGGUUUCUGCUUGCGGAACUCCCCUGGAAAACUCGCGGCUAACUCUUUUAGAGGUUAGGAACUGAGUUCGUUUUCUCAAAAAGAAGGCAGAUUAUUAUACAUCAUGGCACCUAAGGCAUUAGACUAUGAAUCGUUGAAUGAAAAUAUGAAGAAGGUUCAGUAUGCUGUUAGAGGUGAGCUGUAUCUUCGAGCUUCUGAGCUUCAGAAGGAAGGGAAGAAGAUUAUUUUCACAAAUGUGGGCAAUCCUCAUGCUCUAGGACAGAAGCCACUCACUUUUCCUCGUCAGGUGGUUGCUCUCUGCCAAGCUCCAUUUCUACUAGAUGAUCCUAAUGUAGGACUCAUAUUCCCCGCGGAUGCAAUUGCAAGAGCUAAACAUUAUCUUUCACUGACUUCUGGUGGUCUAGGUGCUUACAGUGACUCCCGAGGUAUCCCAGGAAUUAGGAAGGAGGUGGCAGAGUUCAUUGGAAGGCGUGAUGGAUAUCCAAGUGAUCCAGAACUCAUAUUUCUCACUGAUGGAGCAAGUAAGGGUGUCAUGCAGAUCUUGAAUACAAUAAUUCGUGGUGACGGUGAUGGGGUUUUGGUUCCAGUUCCACAGUACCCACUUUACUCUGCUGCAAUAUCUCUGUUUGGUGGUUCCCUUGUACCAUAUUACCUAGAAGAGACAGCAAAUUGGGGUCUUGAUAUUAAUGAUCUGCGGCAUGCAGUUUUUCAAGCGCGCUCUAAAGGAAUAACUGUAAGAGCAAUGGUCAUUAUCAACCCAGGCAACCCCACUGGUCAGUGUCUUAGUGAAGCUAAUUUAAGGGAAAUAUUGCACUUCUGUUAUCAAGAAAACUUGGCCCUUCUUGGAGAUGAAGUUUAUCAGCAGAACAUUUAUCAGGAUGAACGACCCUUUAUUAGUGCUAGAAAGGUUUUGAUGGAUAUGGGGCCACCAAUAAGCAAGGAAAUUCAACUCGUUUCUUUCCACACUGUGUCCAAAGGAUAUUGGGGUGAAUGUGGGCAGCGAGGUGGAUACUUUGAGAUGACCAACAUUCCUGCACAGACAGUGGAUGAGAUUUAUAAGGUUGCAUCCAUAUCUCUCAGUCCUAAUGUCCCUGCACAGAUAUUUAUGGGUUUGAUGGUCAACCCACCUAAACCUGGAGAUAUUUCAUAUGAACAAUUUAUUAGGGAGAGCAAAGGAAUCCUUGAAUCACUGAGGAGAAGAGCAAGGAUUAUGACAGAUGGAUUCAACAGCUGCAGAAACGUGGUUUGCAAUUUCACAGAAGGUGCCAUGUAUUCAUUUCCUCAAAUACGGUUGCCACCUAAAGCAAUAGAGGCUGCCAAAAAGGCUGGAAAAGUUCCUGAUGUUUUCUACUGUCUCAAGCUUUUGGAAGCCACUGGCAUUUCCACUGUUCCUGGUUCAGGAUUUGGACAAAAAGAAGGGUACUUGAUCUUUUUUUUUUUUACUUUUUUUUUUUUUAAUUUUAAACAUUCUCCUCUCCUUUUGUUCCUUUUUCGCUCCGUCUCACCAGGAUGCUCACCUGGCCUUUGGCUACUUGAUGGGGUAGUCUUCGCCAUCUUAUACAACCUGUCUUCCGCAGCCCUUUGGGAUUUAAGUUCAGACUUCGAAAUUGGAAGUUCUAAGUUGUUCUUAGCUGAAGUUUUAGAGGCCAUUUGCUAUUGCAUUCUUUCUGAUAGUUCAACCCAUUGAAAGAAACCAAACGUAUUAUCUAAAAGUAAAGCCCAUAUGAGUUUUUUGGGCAGUAAUCUAAUUUCAGAUUGAUUUCCUCCUUUAUACCUGGGUAUUUGUAUUCACACUGAUGUUGAAUCAUGUGCUUGUGAAAAGUAGAAGGGUUUUCCUUUUUUUUUUUUUUUCCUUUUGGUUUCUAGAAGUGAGUUUUGUGCUCUCUGUUUCUCUCAAUUUUAAGUCUCACCCUCUCUCUGCUUGUGUAUGUGAGAAAUAUCUGCGAUGAGCCUGUCUCUAAAUAGUGCUGAAAUGCCCGUGUCUAAUGGGGUUAACUGUUUCUUGUAGGGUCUUUCACUUGAGAACAACCAUUUUACCAUCUGAGGAAGACAUGCCAGCAAUCAUGGCCAGUUUCAAGAAGUUCAAUGAUGAGUUCAUGGAAGAACAUGAAGACCAUAGGGGUUAUUCAAGAAUGUAAGCAAUGUUUCAAAAUCCAUAAAUUGUAUCAUAUUUCUCAGCUAUUUCACACCAUUUGAUAAAUUCUCCUUGAAUUAUAUCUAUUUGGCAUAAACUUACUUCUGUUGCAGAUUUCA